GUCACCAGGAGCAGGUCCCUAAGGAGCCCUGGGAACGUAAAGAAGGGAAUAUCAAAAAGUGACAAUCGUUUGCCAGUUACGGCCCUUAAACUGAUAAAGCGGGUAUCUCGUCCUAAAUCUCAGGUGCCGGGCCAAUCCCUAAACACAGUCGCCGCCAUUGUCUCGUGUCCUUCUGCCCAUCUGACUGUCCGUCCCGUUUUCUGUAGGGCACGGCACCCCUUGAGGCAAGGAAAUGAGAAAACUGCCUCUGAUCCAAGCAGAGCAGGUCCAACUUCAGUGGCAGAUCUGGUGGCCUUGGAGUGGCUGAAGACCACCACCCUCCACAGAGCUGCACUCAGGCCCACAGCUAUUCUUCCCUUCCCUGAGUGAGCUUCUUCUGCACGUUGUUUAUAUUAUUGGCAGAGCCUAUAGUUGAAAAGAGAGCUGAGUGACUACGGGACUUUGUAGGAAAACAUCAACCUGGCACAGACCUUCAGUCAAAGCUGAGACAGGGGUUGGGGUAUAUAACUUGCCUUUAACUUGGAUCAUGACUGGCUCCAAGACUAUGGCAGUGGCAGAGGAGGGACUGGGGCUGGCUUGAAAUCUAGAAUCAGUGGCCCUGCCAACACUAGAGCCAAAGCUAAGAUCCAGGACAAGGCAGUGGCUGAGGCAGAACCGAAAACACAACCAGUGACCCAGGCCAAGGCUAGAAAUGGAGCAGUGGCCAGGACACAAACAGUGACCUACACUGAGGCUGUGGCUAUGACAAAGGAAGUGAGCAAGAUGGAAGCUAUGACUAAGACUAGAGUGAUGGCUGAGGCUAAGGCAAAACCCCUGGCAGAACCUGAUAUAGUUCCCCAAACCAAGUCAAAGUUCACGCCCAUGUCCAGUGCUGUGACCAAGUGUGAAGUUAAGGCUGGUGUUGGAAGUGAAGCCAAUAUCAGGUCCUUUGCCAAAGCUGGUGAUAAGGCCGAUAAUGAGUCCAGGCCCCAGAGAAGGAGAGAGGCCAGCCUCAAGUUCAGGGCUGGGGACGGAGCUGAUGUUGUAAUCAAGUCCGGUGAUGAGGAUGAAGAAAACGUCUGCUCCUGGUUCUGGAGUGGAGAAGAGCCUAGUGUAGGAUCCUGGUUCUGGCCUGAGGAAGAGACCCCUUCUCAAGUUUAUAAGCCUCUACCUAAGAUCCAGGAAAAGCCCAAGCCCACACCCAAACCCGAACUUACUAUAAAGCAAAAAGCUGCAGCGUGGUCAAGAGCCAGGUAUAGUGUCCUGGUCCCAAUAGAGGGAGGGGAGCGAUCCUUACCUCCAGAAGGAAAUUGGACUCUGGUUGAGACUUUGAUUGAAACUCCUCUGGGGAUUCGGCCUCUGACUAAGAUCCCACCCUAUAAUGGGCCUUACUUCCAGACCUUAGCUGAGAUAAAAAAACAGGUUAGGUAUAGGGAAAAAUAUGGGCCCAAUCCAAGAGCCUGCCGCUGUAAAUCACGUGACUUUAGUUUAGAGCCUAAAGAGUUUGAUAAACUCGUUGCCCUACUUAAGUUAACUAAGGAUCCUUUCAUUCAUGAAAUAGCUACGAUGAUAAUGGGCAUCAGUCCUGCUUAUCCAUUUACCCAAGAUAUAAUUCAUGAUGUAGGUAUUACUGUUAUGAUUGAAAAUUUUGUCAAUAAUCCAAAUGUUAAAGAACGCCCUAGAGCUUUAAAUAUGGUGGAUGACAGCUCUGAGUCUUCUGAAGAACCAAACACAGAAAAGUCAUACAUACGUCAAGUUUGUAAGGACAUAAUCUCUUAUCCAUUGAACUCCCCUGUGCAACUGGCUGGACUAAAAUUAUUAGUGCACCUGAGUGUGAAAUUUGAGGACCACCAUUUGAUUGCCAAUUACAUUCCAGAUUUCCUCAUCUUGUUAAACAAGGGGAGUGUCAAAACCAAGUUUUAUGUUUUAAAAGUGUUUUUGCGCUUGUCUAAAAAUCAAGCCAAUACAAGAGAACUGAUCAGUGCCAAAGUACUGUCAUCGUUGGUUGCACCAUUUAACAAGAAUGAGUCAAAGGCCAAUAUUCUUAACAUCAUUGAAAUAUUUGAGAAUAUAAAUUUCCAGUUCAAAAAGAAGGUGAAGCUAUUUACCAAGGAAGAGUUCACUAAAUCUGAGCUUAUUUCCAUAUUCCAGGAAGCAAAAGAGUUUGGUCGGAAACUCCAAGACUUAGCAGAGCACAGUGAUCCUGAGGAAAAGUAAUCAAGAUAAGCCCAUGCAGUAUCAGGGCUCGUCCAGAUGUUACUUGUCUUAAAAUCUUGCUGCCUGGGGGUAAAAAUCAGUGUGGAUUUCUCAUCUUUCCUGUCGUGAAGCAAAGCAAGUGAUCUUCCUACAGCACAGCUGAACUAUUAGCACCCACUGACCCUCUACCAUGCCCUCAAUUUUAAAAGAGGAACUUUCAGUGGGAGUUCAUCUAUAAAAUAUUACCAAAUUCCCUAGCAAGGCUUUCAAGGCUCUGUACCCUUCAGCACCUUUCCAUUUUCCCCCUUGUAUCCCACCAUGUGACCUAUGUUCAAGCCACACUGGACUGUUUGUUGUUUCCUGACUAUUUUAUGCACUUCUUUACUUUUGUGCAUUUUCUCAUGCUGUUCACUCGUCCUGCAAUGCCUUUGAAAUCCUUUUCCCGCCUGUAGGAAAACUAUUCAUUCUUUUAGGCUCAGCUCAAAUGCCAGGUCCCUUUGAAGUCUUCCCUCACACCCUUAUCUUCCCUGUCCAUAUGUUGGAAUUAAUAGCUCUUUCUUCAUUUCCAUAGUUUUUUAUUUACUCCUCUGUUUUAUCAUUUGUCUUUAUACCACACCUUGGAGUCUUAUUAGUAAGUUAGAGCUUGUGUUUAGGGACAGUUAGCAUAGAAGAGGAA